CUCCUCCCUGCGCUUUAACUGCUACAGGUGCUUUCUCUUUGCGCCUCCUGGAGGCUGUUGUCUGAAGUCUCCAGCCAGUGCACCGUGGUGGGCAGAGGUCUCCUUCGUCCCUCCCACCUGCACCCCGGGCGGACUCACGGGGGCCAUAACGUGGACCACCCCUGCCUCCGGAGACUUCUGGAUGGAUGCUCUCUAUGGAGAUCUCUUUUGGUAUCUGGACUAUGAUAACGAUGGAAGCUUGGACAUCCUUGAGUUUCAGGAAGGCCUGAAGGAUCUAGGGGUCACUCAGUCCCUGGAAGUAGAGCAGAAAAUUUUUACUACUGGAGAUGUCAACAAAGAUGGGAAGCUGGAUUUUGAAGAAUUUAUGAAGUACCUUAAAGACCAUGAGAAAAAGAUGAAAUUGGCAUUUAAGAGUUUGGACAAAAACAAUGAUGGAAAAAUUGAAGCUUCAGAAAUUGUCCAGUCUCUCCAGACACUAGGCCUGACCAUUUCUGAGCAACAAGCAGAGUUGAUUCUUCAAAGCAUUGAUGCUGACGGGACAAUGACGGUGGAUUGGAAUGAAUGGAGAGACUACUUCUUAUUCAACCCUGUCGCAGACAUUGAGGAAAUCAUCCGGUUCUGGAAACACUCUACUGGAAUCGACAUAGGAGAUAGUUUAACUAUUCCGGAUGAAUUCACAGAAGAGGAGAGAAAGUCCGGGCAGUGGUGGAGGCAGCUUCUGGCCGGAGGGAUUGCCGGGGCUGUGUCACGAACCAGCACUGCCCCCCUGGAUCGCCUGAAAGUCAUGAUGCAGGUGCAUGGCUCAAAAUCAAUGAACAUAUUUGGCGGCUUUCGACAGAUGAUAAAGGAAGGAGGUGUCCGCUCCCUGUGGAGAGGAAAUGGGACAAAUGUCAUUAAGAUUGCUCCUGAGACAGCCGUGAAGUUCUGGGCCUAUGAGCAGUACAAGAAGUUGCUUACUGAGGAAGGACAAAAAAUAGGAACCUUUGAGAGAUUUAUUUCGGGUUCGAUGGCCGGAGCCACCGCACAGACGUUCAUUUAUCCCAUGGAGGUUAUGAAAACCAGACUGGCUGUAGGCAAAACUGGACAAUACUCUGGAAUAUAUGACUGUGCCAAGAAGAUUUUGAAAUAUGAAGGUUUUGGAGCUUUUUACAAAGGUUAUGUUCCAAAUUUAUUAGGCAUCAUACCUUAUGCAGGCAUAGACCUUGCUGUGUAUGAGCUCUUGAAGUCCCACUGGCUAGAUAAUUUUGCAAAAGACUCUGUCAACCCUGGAGUUCUGGUAUUGCUGGGGUGUGGUGCCUUAUCCAGCACCUGUGGCCAGUUGGCCAGCUAUCCCUUGGCUUUGGUGAGAACACGCAUGCAGGCUCAAGCCAUGCUGGAAGGAGCCCCACAGCUGAACAUGGUGGGCCUCUUUAGAAGAAUAAUUUCCAAAGAAGGACUCCCAGGACUUUACAGAGGCAUCACCCCAAACUUCAUGAAGGUGCUCCCUGCUGUAGGCAUCAGCUACGUGGUCUAUGAAAAUAUGAAGCAAACCUUAGGAGUAACCCAGAAGUGAUAGGUUGAGGCUUGUGAUCCAGCAUAAUUAUUGAAAUCUUCAACCAUCUCUGGAGAGAAUGUUUCUCCUAAAAUUGCAACAAGUCUGUGGCAAAAAAAAUCCAAACCAAAACAAAAAAGUCUACUUUUUUUUUUUUUCCCACCAGAGGGAAGAACAUAUCAACAAUCACUUCAAACAUUUGAGUUCAGUUUUCCAUACACAGAAAUUCAAGGUCAUAGUUUUAAUAAGUUUUGGAAAGCCACAAAAUUGUACUGUAUCUUCUUGUAUUACUCCUUUUGCAAAUCUCUAACUUUAGUCCUCAAUCUCAAAAUGUAUUUGCUGGAACUAAAUUUGUUUUGUGUGGUAGAAUUAUAAAUCUUUAUUUUGAUUGAUUUAGAUAUAUGCCAGUUCUUUUAUAUUUGUAUGUCUUUUUAAAAGCAAAAUGAUCAGAAACCUCGAUAUAGAUAUAUUUUGAAUAUAUCUAUAGACAUCUUCGCACUUCCAUUUAAAAUCAUAAACAGAAAAUCACUGCACUUAAAAUAUGUCUUAAAUUAGUCCAAUAAGAAUAGAGUUUAUAUCUUCACCUUUCUUUAAGUGGAACAGGAAUGCACAUAGGUAGUGGAAUUUAUAAGAAGGAGUGAUAAACUAUUUAUUUCGGUAGGCACCUUUCCAUUUUGCUUGCACUGUUAUUUGAUUCCUUAUAUUAUAUACUGAUUGUCAGAUGUCACCAUUAUCAACCAAGACAGUGGUAAAUAAACAAAAACCAAAAGCCAAACCCUUAUACUUUGUUUCCUACUUUUCAAAUCAGAAAAGUCUUCCUUAGUCAGGAAGACUUCCUGGGACCACUCUUAGUGAUGUGAAAUUUCUCUGCUACUCACAUGAAGUAGAUUAAUCAUAAGUGGAUGACAUGCUCAAUUUAUCCUCACUGCAUAAUUGUUUUGAACCUGCCAUUCUUAAUUUGGAAGCACAAAGCUAAAGAAUGGUAUUAAUUAAUACUAUUAAUAUAAUUAAUGAAGCUAAAAAUAUAUUAAUAGUAGUAUGUGUUAAUCUUAUAUAUUAGAUACCUACUUUAAAUGAAAGACCCAAUUUUUAAACAUAUACAUUCAUAUUCUCUCUUGCCCCAAGUUUGAUGAAUGUGGUAUGAUUUGGAAACUUUAGUUUAUAAUAUUGGUAGCAUUUUUUUAAUUUUACCAAAGCCAGUUUUGUAGUCAAGUAUAUUUUCUGAUUUGUGCAAUUAGAACCUAGAAAAAUAUUUAUUAGUUGAAGAUAUUAUAUAGUUCCUAAAGCUCAUUUGAGUUCAAUUUCUCAUAAUUUUUUUAAGCUGCCAACAUUUAAAUGAAAACCUGUGACCUAGUCGGCAUUUACUUUAUUUGAACCUACCUCUUUCAUUUUCUGAACCAAAGGGAAAAGAUGGACUGUGAUUGUGAAACAUAAAAUAUAAUUUCAUCUAUAUUAGUUAUGCCUGGUAAAUAUCUCAGUAUUUUUGUAGUAUGUAUAAUAAGCACGGGCACUAUCUUUAGGGUUAUUUGUACAUUUGAGUAAGACAUAAAAUGACUAUUAAGGUACAUGAUUUGCUCUAUUUUUUAGUCAUAAAAAUUAUGGGAAUGAACAAUUUUGCUAACAUUUUUGUAAUUCCAAACUGGUGAAGCAUAUGAAAAUAUUCACUGUUCAUUAUGAAUUUAAAUUGUUCUCUGACUUUUUCAGGUGUGAAUGUGAUUUAUCUGUGCAUCUUGUAUCUUUUGAAAAAAGAGAUCUUUCAUCUUUUGGAGAAAAGCCCAGGGCUUAAGAUACUUUAUUUCUGGUGUUACUGCCUAUUUUCUGUCCAUUUAUAUUAAAAAAGAAAGUUUGUUUUUAAAA